AGGCGGUUUGACCUGAACCUCAACCAACUGCAAGACAAGAACAAAUCCGUUCGCCAUCAAACCAAAGCAGAAAGGUCCUUUUGUACAUGUCUAAAGAUGAAAUCAGCUCUUUGUGCCAUCGCUUUUCUGCUUGUCUUUGCAGGUCGGGUCCAAUGCUGUCCAAUUGGAACCACAUGCAGUGGUGUCAAAGAAAUCCAAGACUGCAACAAAAUUCCAUCUGGCACCUGUAAUAUCUAUGGCGAUACUCAUUACAACACCUUUGACAACAACACCUAUGUAUUCCAGGGCACUUGUACUUAUACUGUCGCUCAGGGCUGCCAUCUGGAGGGAACAAACCUCACUCCGUUUUCAGUCGUGGUAGAGAACGAGAGAUGGAAUGAAAUUCAAGCUACUCCGAAUGUUUCUAUGGCCAAGGUGGUUAUUGUGGAGGUGUAUAACAUGACUAUAAUUCUGAGAAGAAAUCAGCUACAUCAGGUCAUGAUUAAUGGCAACCUAACCAACAUCCCUGUAAAUAUCAAUGAAGGUCAAGUGAUUAUUCAACAGGAAGGCAAUGUUAAUGUGAUCCUUACCAACUUUGGUCUAAGAGUGGCCUACGAUAUGGUUUAUCACGUUAGUAUCACAGUACCUGGCACCUACGCAGGAAAGACCUGUGGCAUGUGUGGAAACUUUAACAGUAAUAAGAGUGAUGAGUUCAUGUUGCCAAAUGGAAAAGAAACCAAAGAUUUUAAUACAUUUGGAGUGGCUUGGAAAGUGGCUGUCCCUGGAGUUGUGUGUGAUGAUGGCUGCAGCGGUGAUUUCUGUCCAAAAUGCCCUCAAAAUGAAAAACAUGUAUUUGAAAAGGACUGCAGUAUUAUUACCGACCCUAACGGUCCAUUUGCUGCAUGUCACAAAGUAAUCGUCCCUGACUCCUACUUCAGAGAUUGUGUUUAUGAUGUCUGCAUGACUGAGGGAGACGAACAUAUGCUGUGCCACAGCAUCGCUGCGUACAUGAGUGACUGCCAGAACUUUGGCGUCCCGAUUAAAAACUGGAGAACCUCAACAUUCUGUCCCUUAUCAUGUCCUCCCAACACUAUCUACGAAAUCUGUGCAAAGGCAUGUGAUGCACCUUGUCCUGGCCUUACUGGUGUAAUGGAGUGUAAUAUUCAGACCUGUCUUGAAGGCUGCAUGUGUAAACCUGGAUUCUUUAACAAUGGGACUGGAUGCGUUACAGCAGAUCAGUGUGGCUGUUAUGACAAUGGACACACCUAUAAAAGAACUGCCAAGAACGCUUGA